AUGCGCUUCUCCACCCCCCUCAUUACUGCUCUGCUCGGCACGGCCUUGGCCGCGCCCCACGAUUUGAUUCUGCAGCGCACCCCUCAACGUAUCGCCCAAGCCGACUACCAUAAGACUAUCGAGCAGCGUGAGCCGCAGCGCAUCGCCCAAGCCGACUAUCAUAAGACUGUCGAGCAGCGUGAGCCGCAGCGCAUCGCCCAAGCCGACUACCAUAAGACUGUCGAGCAGCGUGAGCCGCAGCGUAUCGCCCAAGCCGACUACCAUAAGACUGUCGAGCAGCGUGAAUCCCAACGCAACGCCUAA